AUGGGGAAGAUGAUCAGCGAUGAAAGUGGAAUCAAUGCUACCCGUGAGUUAGGAAAAUACCUAGGCAUGCCAGUCCUUCAGAGGCGAAUCAACAAGGACACUUUUGGAGACGUGCUGGAGAAAGUCUCGUCAAGACUCGCAGGAUGGAAAGGAAAACUACUGAGCUUUGCGGGACGGAUCACACUCACUAAGGCAGUUUUGUCCUCAAUACCAGUGCACACUAUGAGUACGGCGCUACUACCACAGUCUACCUUGAAUCGAUUGGAUAAGACCUCGCGUUCUUUCAUAUGGGGAGAUACGGCUGACCAAAGAAGACAACACUUGCUAUCUUGGGACAGAGUUUGUGUCCCUAAGUCUGAAGGAGGUUUGGGGAUUCGAAGAGCACAAGAAAUGAAUAUAGCUUUGAUUGCGAAGCUAGGUUGGCGACUCCUAAAUGAUGCUGCAUCCUUAUGGGCCAGAGUAUUGAGGAGUAAGUAUAAGGUGAAAGACGUCAAGGAUGCAGCGUGGUUUAAAAAGGGCGGGAACUAUUCGUCUACGUGGCGGGGAGUAUUGAGAGGAAUGAGGGACGUCGUAAUCCCGGGGAUGAGCUGGGUGAUUGGAAGUGGACACACAACUAGCUUCUGGAGAGAUAAGUGGCUUUUAGGUGAACCACUGUUGGCAGUAAGAACGACGGAGGUCCCGGAGACAAUGGUGGAAGCGCGUGUAUGUGAUCUAUGGCAGAGUGGAUUGGGUUGGAAAUGGCAUCUGAUCGAGCCCCACGUUUCAGGGGAUACCAAAUUGCGAUUGGCGGCAUUGGUAGUGGACGAGAUAUCAGGAGCUCGAGACAGGUUCUCCUGGGGAUACACGCAGGACGGUGAGUUCUCAGUGAAGUCUGCAUAUGACUUUCUCACUGCAGAUGGUCGGCCAAGACAGAACUCGCAUGGAAUGUUUAUGAGGGCGUGGCAAGCGACAGUACCGGAACGCAUUAGGGUGUUUCUGUGGUUGGUGAUGAAUCAGGCCAUCAUGACGAAUGCGGAGCGGGCCCGAAGCCACCUGUGUGACACAAGCCUCUGCCAAGUGUGUAAGUGUGGAGAAAAAUCCAUAAUUCAUAUCUUACGAGAUUGCCCGGCAAUGGAGGGCAUUUGGCGACGGAUUGUACCUAUACGGAAGCGGCGAGAGUUCUUUGAGGCACCGCUUUUAUCCUGGCUCUACAACAAUCUGGGAGGAGAACUUGUGCUUAGCGACUACAAGUGGUCAACCCUGUUUGCUAUAGCUGUAUGGUGGGGAUGGAAGUGGAGAUGUGAAAACGUUUUUGACUCUAAUAGGAAAUGCAGGGACCGUGUGAAGUUUGUGAAGGAUAUGGCUAAAGAGAUUGCAAAAGCGCAUGCACGGGACCAUAGUGGAUGCAGGGGUCAAAGGAUUGAACGAGAGAUUAGAUGGGAAUACCCGAUUCAAGACUGGUGGAAGGUGAAUACGGAUGGAGCCUCUCGCGGGAAUCCGGGUUUGGCGACAGCUGGAGAUGUUCUGCGGGACGCGAAUGGAGCGUGGGUAGGUGGUUUUGCGCUCAACAUAGGAAUCUGCUCUGCCCCACUCGCGGAGCUAUGGGGCGUAUACUAUGGACUGAACUUAGCCUGGGAGAGGCGCGUCCCGCGACUGAUACUAGAGGUGGACUCUGAAGUGGUGGUGAAGAUUCUUCAUGCAGGGAUCAAUGAUGCUCAUCCCCUAUCCUUCCUAGCACGUUUGUGCUACGGCUUCUUUUCGAGUGACUGGAUAGUCCGGAUCAAAAACACAUAUAGAGAGGCGAACCAAGUUGCAGAUGGUCUCGCCAAUUACGCUUUCUCGUUACCCUUAGGUUUCCAUCUCUUUACUUCUGCAACCUCUGAGAUUUCAGGGCUGUUAUUAGAAGAUGUUAAUGGCUCUUCACAAAUCCGAUUUGUAAACGCUUAG